AUGCUCUCGGAAUUUAUAAUUUCUCCGUUUCUCAUAGUUUUUUGUGUGGCGGAUAUCAAAAGCGAUCAUGAAGUAAAAUCUUUGCCCGGACUUGAUUGGGAACUGAAUUUCAAGCAUUAUGCUGGCCGACUUAACGUCUCGGAUACCAGGAGGCUGUCAUACUGGUAGGUACUUUGGGAUAGAAGGUAAAAUCUAUCAGUUGUUCAAUGUACUACCACUUGUUAUUUUGAUGUUUUUAGGCUUGUCGAGUCGCAGAACGAUAAGAACAAGGAUCCAUUGGUUUUGUGGUAAGUUAAUCGUUAUAGAAGUCAAAGGUUUGCUGAAAUCUUGGGCUAAUUAUGCUUUUCCAAGGCAUAGAUUUUUUGAUUUUUUGCCGAGAUUAGAACGCAAUUUUUGUCAAGAAAAUCGAAGCGAAUUUAGCAAAGUUAAAACGUUUUUUUAACCAAUCUUCGCGUUUGCCGACUCUCUCAUAGAUAACGUCUUGAACGAAUCGUAUCACUACAAACACCUCUUUGUGAAACUCGCUGUUCGAUCUCCCAAGACGAGUUUUCAGGCUGAACGGUGGGCCCGGUUGUUCGUCCCUUUUCGGCCUCCUCGAAGAGCAUGGACCAUUUGUGUUGGUGGAGGGACAUGACGUUGACUUGAAGUUACACAAAAACCCCAAUGCCUGGAAUAAAGUGAGAGCUGCUCCAUUUGUAUUCGCAGAGUUAUGAAAUGAUACAAUAACAAGCGCUGUAAUCCUCGCAUUUGUAGCUGUAUUUUGGAUUUGUGUACUGAGCUCACUCCGAAACUUGUUUUGAUUCGUUUAUUUUUUGUUGUUUUCAGUUUGCAAAUGUUUUGUAUCUGGAGGCGCCAGCUGGCGUUGGGUUCUCGCAGAAUGACGAAACAAACUUCCCUUCGUAUGAUGACACUACCGUAAGACUUGAUUUUGAAUACAAGAGUAUGAAAAAGGCGGACACCUCAAAAAAGACGCCUUUAAAAAACAGCUUCAUCUCCUCAGCUUUUAGACCGCCAUCGACAAUGCCAACUUCCUCAGCGCCUUCGUCAAAGCCUAUCCCGAAUACAAAGGUCGAGAUUUCUAUAUUACAGGCGAAAGUUACGGUGGAUGCUAUGUCCCAACCUUGGCCAAUCAAGUCCUCAGAGUCCAGGAUGAAGUGAACUUGAAUUUGAAGGUAUUUUUUAUAACUUUCUGCCUCAUAGGACCUUCAGGGAGUUGCGAUUGGCAAUGGAAUAACAACAAAAGCUGAUGUGGAUAGCUUUUACACUGUUGCCUUGGCUUUCCACGGCGCAAAGUACACUCUGCAAGACCUCGGGCUAUGGAUGAGGGAGUAUUGCCCUUCGGGGUUCGACAAUUUUUGCAUUGGAGGGAAAACGGAUGUAGAUCCGGAAUUUCAGAAAAGAUUUGCAAAUAUGUACCACAAUAUGAUGAAAGGUUCGAAAAACGACGAAAUCUAUAACUAUGACAUCAACCGAAAGGAUCCUGGGAGUGCUACGCUUGCGGAAUACUUAAAUCAGAUUGAAGUUCAAAAAGCACUGCAUUUUGUUGAAGAAGGAGAGCAAAAAGUGGAUUGGGUAGAGUGUGGGUAAGAAAAUAAAGUACAGUGGGCACGAAAAGUCUUCAAAACUUAUUAUAAAUCUCUUUUGAAGAUCUGAGCCUUAGAUUUAAAAAUAUAUUCCCUUCGCUUUAGCAAUGUUGGCUACCAAUGGUGCACUGACAUGGCUGGUGAUGUGACAAAUCUGCUCAACAAAAACAUUAAAGUUUUGUAUUUCUACGGAGAAACUGGUACAUAAGACAAUUCAUUAAGCCCUCAAUUUAUUUGUUUUUUAGACUUAGCAUGCCCUGCAGCCAUUGGCGAUAUCUUUGUUCACAGAAUCGGGAAGAAUCCAAAGACUUCAACAUGGUUCGUUGAUGACCUUUAUGCCGGGACAAGAACGAGUUUUGAUAAGAAUUUGACAUACACGACAAUUGCGGAUUGUGGCCAUAUGGCUGCUGCAUGGAAGCCGAAACAAACGGCCAGAGCUGUCCAUCAUUUCAUCAACGAUAUUAGUGAUUGGAAUAGUUAA